AUGGGGCUGGGUCGGGUGACACCGUGGCGCCUUUUUUUUUCCACGGGUACAAACCCUUACCUCCUCUCCUGCUACCCGUUACCUACCAUCUGCCCUACCACCAACGGUAACCACCCGCAUACGAACUACUCCAUUUCUUCUCCAAGCCCACAACAUGGAACACUAGUGACACCUACCCGACUGUUACUACCACCCGAAUCGUUCGCCUCUACCCGCUUACAGCCAACCACCAAUCAUCGAACUUUUUCUUUCUACCCCGACACUUUCUCUCCAUAUCUAUCUAUCUAUCUAUCUAUCUAUCUAUCUAUCUAUCUAUCUAUCUAUCUAUCUCUCUCUCUCUCUCUCUCUCUCUAUAUAUAUAUAUAUAUAUAUAUAUAUAUAUAUAUAUCAGUCUCCGUCUUCUUUUCUUCUCAGUUCACAAUGCCAAUUGCUCACCCCGCCUCUCUUUCUCUCUGGCACUAUCUAUCUAUUUACCUAUCUAUCCCCAUUCUUUUAUCUAUCUAUCUAUCUAUCUAUCUAUCUAUCUAUCUAUCUAUCUAUCUCAAUCAGUUCCUAUCUAUCUAUCUACAGGAAAAUCGUCAAACAUGUCUACAAUAUCAUUUGCUCUCUCUUUUCUUUCUUUCUUUAUCUAUCUAUCUAUCUAUCUAUCUAUCUAUCUAUCUAUCUAUCUAUCUCAGUCCGUUCAUAACUAUCUAUCUCAGUCUGUUCAUAUCUAUCUAUCUAUCUAUCUAUCUAUCUCAGUCCGUUCAUAUCUAUCUAUCUCAGUCUGUUCAUAUCUAUCUAUCUAUCUCUCUCAGUCUGUUCAUAUCUAUCUAUCUAUCUCUCUCUCUCUAUCUAUCUAUCUAUCCCAGUUUAUUUCUAUCUAUCUAUCUAUCUAUCUAUCUAUCUAUCUAUCUAUCUAUCUAUCUAUCUAAUUCAUUCCCUAUCUUUCGAUCUCUCUAUCUAUUCUUAUUCCUUUAUUUAUUCUCAUUCUAUCUAUCUAUCUAUCUAUCUAUCUAUCUAUCUAUCUAUCUAUCUAUCUAUCCCAAUCUUUUCGUAUUUAUCUAUCCCUGUCUAUUCCUAUCUAUCUAUCAUCUAUCUAUCUAUCUAUCUAUCUAUCUAUCUAUUCUCAUUCCUUUAUCUAUUCUCAGUUUUUUAUUUGUUUAUCUAUCUAUCUAUCCUCGUUCUUUUUAG